AUGACCACGGAGCCUCCCGCGGCCCCGUCGUCGUACGUUCCCGGUGCCGCGCCGGUGCCGCUCUCUCAGCUCAGCAUAUCGCAGCUCCGCCAGCUGGCCUCCUCGCACGGCGCGCCUGCCACCGGGACACGAGCGGAGCUCGAGGCAGCAUGCACCAGGCGUGGUGUGACGGCGGCGGCGCCGCGCGACAUUGCGAACCAGUCGGCCGCGCCAGCGGCGGGCGGCACCCUCAUCGCGCAGUUCGAGACCGCCGAGGGCGAGCGGACGGGACCGCAGCUCGACGUGCCGGCCGACACGACGGCGCCGCAGCUGCAGCUCAUCCUGAACGAGCUGCUGGGCAACGAGGAUCGUGUCCCGUACGCCUUCUACGUGGCGGAGGAGGAGGUCUCGGGCACGCUCGGCGAGGCGCUCGGCUCCGCCUCGGCCGAGCAGACUCUGCGGGUCGUGUACGUGCCGCAAGCAAUCUUUCGCGUGCGCGCAGUCACGCGCUGCACGUCGACGCUGUCGGGCCACUCGGAGGCGAUUCUAUCGGCGCAGUUCUCGGCGGACGGGCGCACCCUCGCGACCGGCUCGGGCGAUUGCUGCGUCCGCCUGUGGGACGUGAUGACCGAGACGCCGCGCGCGACCCUCAAGGCGUCGGCGGCGGAGAGCC